AUGUCGUGGCAAGAGGCCAAAUUCCGGAACAUGGCGCUGCAGCCCAAGGUGACAGCUGUGGCGCCCUUCUCCAUCGAGUCCCCCGACUGCAAGCCCGUCGAGGGAGAGACGAUCCCCCGCCGACACCCGCUGACUGCCGAUGGCCUCAUCGACAAACCUGCCGACAACAUAUCCACAACGUACGAGUUGCUGCGCGUGAGUGCCGAAAAGUAUGGCAAUUCCAAAGCACUGGGCUCGCGCCGUCUGGUCCGCACCCAUCUUGAAACCAAGAAGGUCAAGAAGACCAUCGACGGCGUCGAGCAAGAAGUCGACAAGGAAUGGACCUUCUUCGAGUUGAGCGCGUACGAGUACUUGACCUACAACGAAUACGAGAAGCAAGUAUUGAGCGUCGGUUCGGGCCUGCGAAAGCUGGGCAUGGAGAAGAGUGACCGGGUGCACAUCUUUGCCGCGACUAGUUCCCACUGGUUGGCCAUGUCACACGCCGCUGCUUCGCAGUCGAUGCCCAUUGUCACAGCAUAUGACACGCUUGGCCAGGAGGGCCUGAGACACUCCAUGGUAGCAACGGAAGCCAAGGCCAUCUUCCUGGACCCUCAUCUGCUGCCGACCCUAAGCAACGUCCUCAAGGAUGCGACCGCGGUGCGUUACGUCAUCUGGAACAACCAGAAUCAGGUCAAGCAGGAGCAUAUCGACAGCCUCAAGAAGAACUACAGCCACAUCACCGUUCUCAGCUUCCAGGAGUUAGAGCAGCUGGGCGAGGAUAACCCCUUCGACCCGGUCCCGCCCACUCCGGAAGACCUCUGCUGCAUCAUGUAUACCUCGGGGUCGACCGGUACGCCCAAGGGCGUACCCUUGAGGCAUAGCAACGUCAUUGCUGCGGUCGCUGGUGUUAGUGUUGUGGUGCAGCCAUUCAUUGGCCCCGGCGAUGGCGUCUUGACCUACCUUCCUCUUGCGCACAUUCUUGAAUUUGUCUUUGAGAAUGCUUCGUUGUAUUGGGGAUCGACCAUGGGCUACGGCAACCCGAAGACCCUGUCGGACACGUCGGUUCGACAUUGCGCCGGUGAUAUCCGCGAGUUUAAGCCUUCGAUUCUGGUCGGCGUCCCUGCUGUGUGGGAAAACGUGAAGAAGGGCAUCACUGCCAAGGUGGGUGCCGGCAGUCCAAUCCUGCAGCACAUGUUCUGGGGCGCAUUAUGGGCCAAGAACAAGUUGAUGGCAACGGGCCUCCCAGGCGCCGGGCUUCUCGACGCCAUUGUGUUCAAGAAGAUCAAGGCUGCCACAGGUGGUCGAUUGAAGCUUUGUAUGAACGGUGGUGGACCGGUUGCCAAAGAUACGCAGCGAUUCAUCUCCAUGGCCAUCGCGCCCAUGAUCAUUGGUUACGGCCUCACUGAAACCAAUGCCAUGGGUACGCUGAUGAACCCCUUGGAAUGGUCGAGCGAGUCCCAUGGUGCCAUGCCAGCCUGUAUCGAGGUCAAGCUGGUUGAUUUCCCUGACGCCGGCUACUAUGCGAUCAACAAGCCUAAUGCCCAAGGUGAGGUCUGGAUCCGCGGUCCUUCUGUCAUGCAGGAAUACUGGAAGAACGAAAAAGAAACCUCCGAGGCUAUCGCACCAGGUGGCUGGUUCAGGACGGGUGACAUUGGCGAGUGGGACCACAACGGCCAUUUGAAGCUGAUCGACCGAAAGAAGAACUUGGUUAAGACGCUGAACGGCGAGUAUAUUGCGCUCGAGAAGCUGGAGUCCAUUUACCGCUCGGCAACCGUUGUCGCCAACAUUUGUGUUUACGCCGAGCCGACCAAGGCGAAGCCCAUCGCCAUUAUUGUACCGAUGGAACCGGCACUCAAGAAGCUGGCCGAGUCGAUUGGUGUCCUGGAUGGCAGUCUCGAAGAACUCGUGCACAACAAGAAGCUGCAAGGUGCGGUGCUGAGGGAGCUGCAGAGUGCAGGACGACAGGGUGGUCUGUCAGGAAUCGAGAUCAUCGACGGUGUUGUCGUUUCCGACGAGGAAUGGACACCACAGAACGGCCUUGUCACCGCGGCCCAGAAGCUUAACCGCAAAGGCCUCGUCCAGAAGUACGAGAAGGAGGUAGCAGAGGCCUAUGGGUCGAGCUAG